AAAUAUUUCGUUGCUUCAAAGAAUGUAAAAUGUUUGUUUUUUAUAACAUUUUUUUUCAAAUAAACUGUAUUUUAUUAAGUCAAACAUGCUAAUAUUGGUUUACGUAAAUGUCUGUCAGAAAAAGCACAUCGAUACUACGAACUGUAAUAAUGUGAUUUUUGAUAGUUAUUUUGGAAAAAAAAGUUGUGUUUGUGUUUUCUACAUGAUUGAGUGGGAGUUUUGUUUUUAGUCGUGUGGGAAACAGACACAGUCUCUUUUUAAUGGAAUCUGUCUCUAUGUGAAAUAAAAAAAUCCUGUCAGUCAAUAUUUACAAAAAAGAUUUCUAAGAUAGCUUAAGAACACAAUACAAAGAAUUGCUAGUCAUUGUUCUGCAACAAUGUUUGUGUACACCUAAUAAUGUAUGUUUGUGUGCAUAGAUGUGUGUAUGUACAGCUGUGUGUAUGUGUGGGUGUGUUGGAGUAGGCUCAAUUUAAGUAUAAAAGGAAAGGUCUACUCCCUCACUGGGUUGGCUACACUAAAUGUGUUAUUUUGGAUGUUGUGGAUCUAAGUCUGCUCACAAUUGAGUUUUUUUCAGCAAAGGCCAGAUUAGAAAAAAACACAAUGGCAAGUUAUUUUGCACGUCUGAAAAAUGUAAUCUUGCGCAGAGGCAACUCAGCCAACAUUCAGCCACCUCAAGAGACAGAAGAGGUUGAUUAUGGAAAAGACCCAACGAAAAAAAUGACUUUUUACAGUCACCUAGACCCUGUGCCAAAGCUUGAUUUCUAUGCCAAAGACACUUGGACGGGACGUAUGAAGUGUUCCAGACCAUCUUUAGAUAUUCUGCGCAAACCACAAGGUGAAGAAGAUCUUCCUCCUCCACCAGAAGAUGAGAGACCUAAAGUCAAGCUUGUUCGCUUUGGAUGGAUUCUGGGAGUUUGGAUUCGCUGUAUGUUGAACAUCUGGGGAGUCAUUAUGUUCCUACGACUUCCAUGGAUCACAUCUCAAGCUGGAAUUAUUCUUACCUAUGUCAUAAUCUUCAUGUCUGUUACCAUCACAACAAUCACGGCAACGUCAGUGUCAGCGAUCUCUACCAAUGGGAAGAUUUACUCUGGUGGCACAUACUUUAUGAUCUCUCGAAGUCUGGGUCCUGAGCUGGGAGCACCCAUUGGUUUGCUCUUUGCAUUUGCCAAUGCCCUCGCCUGCGCGCUCCACACAGUGGGGUUUUCAGAGACAGUCAGAGAUGUUUUGAAAUCAAACAAUGCACAGAUGGUGGACCCUAUUAAUGAUGUCCGAAUUAUAGGGUCAAUUACUGUUGUUAUUCUCCUCUGCAUCACAUUUGCUGGCAUGGCCUGGGAGGCUAAGGCUCAGAUUCUGUUCUUCAUUGCGAUAGUAGUCUCCUUGGCCAGUUAUUUUGUGGGGACAGUUCUUCCAACCUCCAAAGAAAAGGAGUCUCUGGGAUUCUUUGGCUACCAUUCUGAGGUCUUUGUCUCAAAUCUACUGCCUUCAUACCGAGGCCCGAAUGGGUAUUUCUUCAAGUUGUUUGCCAUUUUCUUUCCUGCUGCCACAGGAAUUCUGUCUGGUGUCAACAUCUGUGGGGAUCUCAAGGAUCCAACAGGUGGAAUUCCCAAAGGGACACUGCUGGCCAUCCUCUGUACCACUUUGAGCUAUUUGUUAAUCUCAGUGACAUGUGGUGCAACUGUUGUAAGGGACGCUUCUGGCAAUCAAAAUGAUAGUUUAUCACUCAACUCUUCAAUCCACUGCAGCGGUCUUGGCUGUAAACUAGGCUGGAAUUUUGACACUUGUGAAAAGAACCAAACCUGUAGCUAUGGACUUGCAAACAAUUUUCAGAUACUUACCAUGGUUUCAGCAAAUGGAUAUUUAAUCAUAAUCGGAAUAUUUGCUGCCACUUUGUCAUCAGCAUUGGGUUUUUUGGUGUCUGCCCCAAAAAUUUUUCAGUGUUUGUGUAAAGACAACAUCUACCCCUUCAUUGGAUUUUUUGCGAAAGGUUAUGGGAAUAACAACGAGCCUCUGCGUGCCUAUACGCUUGCGUUUUUUAUUGCUUUAGGGAUCAUCAACAUUGGUGAUCUGAACACCAUCGCUCCUCUGAUCUCAAACUUCUUCCUCUGCUCUUACGGUCUCAUUAACUUCAGCUGCUUUCAUGCAACCGUCACCCAAUCGCCUGGCUGGAGGCCAUUAUACCGUUACUACAAUGCUUGGACUUCUCUGUUUGGCUCUAUAUUGUCUUUUGUCCUCAUGUUUUUGUUCACGUGGUGGGCUGCUCUUGUCACUUCCGCUGUUGUCUUCUGCCUCAUAGGCUAUGUUUCGUAUAAAAAACCCCAUGUGAACUGGGGUUCCUCUUACCAGUCAGGUUUCUACAACAUGGCUUUGUCCUUCACUGUGUUUCUGUCAAAUGUUGACGAUCACGUCAAAAAUUUCAGGCCUCAGUGUCUUGUUCUGACGGGUCCUCCAAAUGUGCGUCCCGCUCUGGUAGACUUUGUGGGCACUUUCACUAAAAACAUCAGCCUGAUGAUCUGUGGAAACAUUGUCAUGGAAGACGAAAAGUCUACAUUGCCCCAACACAGUACAGAUAUGGUGGUUGACUGGCUAAAUCAAAGGAAAGUUCGUGCUUUCUACACAACCUUCAAUGCUGACAGGCUGAAUGAAGGGGCACAUCAUCUCAUGCAGGCAUCAGGUCUUGGUAAACUGAAGCCAAAUACCCUUGUUUUGGGAUUUAAGUCAAACUGGCUGGAAUGUAAACCUGAGAGCUUACAAAACUACAUCAGCACAGUCUACACUGCAUUUGACAGCAGCUAUGGCAUUGCUAUUCUAAGAAUGAUGGAUGGAUUAGAUGUGAGAGAUGAUUUGAAGAGUGCAGCAGGUGGACCUCGCUCAAUUGUGAAUCCGGUAUUUGACGCAGAAGAAGUAAUGCAAUCAGAAAAGGACGACACUGACCAAAGUUCAGAUGUUUCUGAAGAUUUUACUGAUGUGCAGGUUAGGACAAUUUUUCAGACAAAACAGGGAAGGAAGACCAUAGAUGUCUAUUGGAUUGCUGAUGAUGGAGGUCUGACUCUUUUAAUACCGUAUUUGAUGACCAGAAGAAACCGCUGGAAAAAGACCAAAAUCAGAGUGUUCCUUAUAGGAGAUCAGGAGACAAUGGGGGAAUACCGUAAAGACAUGAAAACGCUGUUAAAAAAAUUCCGUCUGGAAAUUAAGGAUGUCAUUGUGAUAACAGAUGUUGACAAAGAGCCACUUGCUAAAAAUUUGCAGCGGUAUGAGGAGAACAUGUCCCAGUUCAGUCUGAAUGAAGAACAGACAGUAGGGGACAUCCAGGAACUCAAGAGACUAAGUCCAUGGAAAGUCUCAAACAAAGACCUUGAGCUCAUGAAACCCAAGGUGGAGAGGUCUGUGCGACUAAAUGAAAUCAUUAAGAGGAACUCAAUACAUGCUGCUCUGGUUGUGAUUUCUCUUCCAGUCCCUGACGUUAAUUGCCCUAGUUCUCUCUAUAUGGCCUGGAUGGAAGCAUUAAGCUAUGGCAUCCACUGUCCUGUCCUGCUCAUUCGAGGAAAUCAAGAAAACGUCAUGACCUUCUACUGCCAGUAAAACAUACAAACAAAUGCACUGUAUUGAAAUUGCUCUCGGUUUUAAAUAACAGGGUAGAACACACAAUGUAUGAUUACUAUCCACAAGCAUGAACGAAAGGUUUACCAAUUCACAAGUUCAACAAUGGUAUGAUUAACUUCAUAUUGUUUGUAGUAUAUUAGUAGUCUAAAUAGAUGUAAUCUACAUUAUUAUUCAAAAGUAAGGUCACCUAUUCACUCAAUAUUUUCCACAUUUUAAAAUAUUAGGGACUUGACAUUAACACCAGCUAACCUGGUGGAUUUUAUCAGUGACGUGUAACACAGUUUUAAUGAAGUUAUAAUGACCAUAUAUAUUUACAUAUUUUCUGUAUAGUCUGUUUGUAUCUUCUCUAAUAAAAAACACAUAUAACAAAGGACAUAUAUUAGGGAUGCUCCAAUCAAGAUUUUUGCAGCCGAUACUGAUUACUGAUGUGUUAUCUUCGUGAUUGGCCAAUUCAGAUUCCAUUUUUUUUAUUUUUGCUGAUAUGCAAGCUCUUUGAUGACUGUAACUUAAAAAAAUUCUAGAUAAAGUAAUACCACAGAUGUUGCCUUUGUUAUACAGAGAAUCAAAUAAAUAAGCACAACAAAUAUUUCUUCUGCAAAAACAUAUUUAAUUUCUCUUUAAAAUUGUUUAUGUCUCCUAAAAGUAAUAAAAAUAAAACACUUCAAGUCUUUACUGUAUGAACUUAAUAUACAUGCAUUAGUACGAAGUAUUACAGUUCCUUAGUCAAAAGCAGAGAGGGAUUUUAUUGAGAGAUGAAUUAGGUUACUGUAGCUUUAAGAUGUGAGAGAGAUCGCUCUGUUCAUGUGCACUGAUGGCAGGCUGCUGUGUGCACGCGGCGGGUGUACUCAGACAAGAGCAUUUGUGAGAAAAAUUUUGGUUUAAACGGCCAAAACUUUAAAACGCAUGCAAAUAUUAAACUUUUAGCAUGGGGAUGCAAUUGUCCGCGAUAGAUAUAGUGUUGUAUAUGCUGUUUAAUGGGGAUGUGAAAACGCGUCGUGCUGUUGACCGGAGCGCGUCCUCAUAGAAAAUACACAUAUCUCUGUAAAGGCAGAGACAGAAAUACAAAUCUGCACGUUGCACAUGGUUAACGGGUUAAAAAAUGCUUGCACUACGUAAAUAAUGUCUCUAAUUGCUGCCAUAUUCAUGAUCCCUAAGACAAAAGUGAACAGAAAGAUCGGUUCAUGAGAUGGUCAAAUUCGGCGAGUACCGAUUGAGUGAUUUAAUGCCAUUAUAGCCCGAU